UGUGAGGCAGCCGGACAUACGGGACCUUUGCAUACCUGCUCCAUCUACGAGUCUAAAGAAGCGGGAAAGAAGAUCGGGUAAAUAUUGACAAAAGAUAUGUUACUUUUUGCUGAUAUGCUUGUUCCUUCAGCUUUUGCUGAACCACUGUUGUACUGAUAAGUAUGAAAAUAUUUUAAUCACUUGUGAAUGUGAUAUUUAUUUUUCUAAUUAUGACCAAACUUUGCCUUGUCUGGAGAACGUGAACGACGACGGCUAAUUUUUUAAAUUUCUAUUUGUAAUUAAACGCUGUGUUCCAUAUUCAGUUCCGAGGUUGUUUGGAAAGCGAGAAACAAACUAAAUGACUCUAGAGUAUCACGAGAUUCGUGGGUGAAAUCUAAGUUCAUUUUUUUAACCAACGUUUUCCUCGGCGUCACCGUCGUCGUUUCACUCAUUUAUCAACAAACUAUUCAUGGAUUAAUUUUUACACCUAUUAAAGCUUUAAAUCGUUUUUAAUAAGUCAGAAGAGAAAAAGCAAAACUCGACAAUGAUUGGAUAUCGGGAGACUCUGAUUCCCAUUUUGUUCAAAAGUGUGGUCAGGAUCAGUUCAAGGAAAUAAACCGCCUUGCUAUGUUAUUUGUCCCCCAAAAAUUAUCGCUUUGAUAUGUCAUUGUUUUUGUUGUUAUUAUUAUUAUUGUUAUUAUUAUUGUUAUUAUUAACAUUAUUAAUAAUUAUAAAUCUCAAUUUCAUAGCCCGCACAUGAAGAAAGCAAUUAACGUUAUGUAUUGAAUGGCGUUUCCCUCCUUCAAUCUAUAGGGAUAUGCUGAAGAUGGGAAAAAGCAAGCCUUGGCCGGAAGCUCUCAAAAAACUGACCGGAAGUGAAACACUGGAUGUUGGCGCUCUAUUGGAAUACUUUGAGCCUCUCCGCAAGUGGAUGGUGGAACAGAGGAAAGAGCUGGGGUACACUAGACCCGGAUGGGACGUAGACGCAAAGGCUGGAGUAUCAGCUGUUCUUCCCACACUGUUCAACACUGUCAUGGGUUCUUUGAUUGUGACAGUUGUGCUCUUUUGUUAG